GGCUGGAUGACCCCUACCAGCAUGGACGUGGCGUGGCACUGGCUGACUUCAACCGCGAUGGCCGAGUGGACAUUGUCUAUGGCAACUGGAACGGGCCACAUCGCCUCUACCUGCAGAGCAGGGGCCCCGGGCGAGUCCGAUUCCGGGACAUUGCCACCCCCAAGUUCUCCAUGCCGUCCCCCGUCCGCACCGUCAUCGCAGCUGACUUUGACAAUGACCAGGAGCUGGAGGUUUUCUUCAACAACAUCGCCUACCGCGGUAAUGCCCUGUCUGUGCUCCGCAGGCUCAUCCGCAGGGAACACUCGGACCCCAUUGUGGAAGAGCUGAAUCCGGGGGAUGCGCUGGAGCCCGACGGACGGGGCACGGGGGGUGCAGUGACCGAUAUUGAUGGCGAUGGAAUGCUGGACCUGAUCCUGUCCCAUGGUGAGUCCAUGGCACAGCCUAUCUCCAUCUUCAAGGGCACCCAGGGCACUGGCAACAACUGGCUGCGCGUCAUCCCCCGCACCCGCUUCGGGGCCUUUGCACGGGGGGCCAAAGUGGUGCUGUUCACGCUGCGCAGCGGCGCCCACCUGCGCAUCAUCGACGGCGGAUCGGGGUACCUCUGCGAGAUGGAGCCUGUGGCACACUUUGGACUGGGGAAUGACAAAGCCAGCAGCCUGGAGGUGACCUGGCCGGAUGGCCGCAUCGUGGUGCGAGCCGUGGCCAGCAGUGAGACCAAUUCUGUCCUGGAGGUCCCAUACCCCCUGGAUGCAGAGGAGCUGCUCAUGCCCGCUUUGCUGGAG